AUGGCCGCUUUUGAAACUCUUCUCAUUUCGUCUUCAUCCGGAUCAUCUUCUUCUGCACGCACACAGCUUGAUCUCUUGGAGCAACUCUCUUCUGGUAGCCAAAUAACUGAUGGUUAUGAAAGCGAUGGCAGUUACCAGAAAAUUACGAUCCGUGAUCAGCUUGCGCAGUUGCUCAGAGACAGAGAUGACGAUUUUAACAUCUCGUUGGGUAAGAACUUGAAGAAGGUUAGUGCCAAGUUUUUGACAAUUUCUCAGAAGAGGAAUAUCAAAAGACAAUCAUACUUGAACGAAGUAUCUCAAAGGAACGAUUCAGUUUUUUUUGCUACAGUUGGAGCAUUUAUAAUUUUGCCUUCUAUUUUAAUAUUGGGAAUUGCUAUAAUAACUGGCUAUAAAAAGUAGGGCUAACUUUUUCCAUGAUAUACAGUUUAUACAAACAUCAUAUGUAUAGAAGUGAUUAUCUCAUGAUAUUGAAGAUUCAUUGCCCAUUGUUUUCAUCUUAAUUUUCAACUUCAGUUCUAUAUUUCUGGAAAAGUAGAAUGCAAUAGCCUAAGCUCACCAUUAGCCGUCAGUCUCACGGUUUUAAAACGCGUCUUCUAUAGAGAGGGUCUAGCCCUACUCCGACCAGUGUCUCGCACCGUCCGGUGACUGGCUCGGAUACCAUUUGUAACAACUCAAGCACACUACUAACAUAUAUUGUCUGCUUUAGCUCGUUACGUAUCACUGUU